CUAAUCUGCUAGUGCUCAGUGAUCAGCCUGAAGCCCUCACCUGGCGUCUACUGCCUCUGGCACUCACCACUCAGUCUCGUCACUCUCUCACUCAAGCUCAGGUCUCUUAUCUCUAACGGUCGCUCUCUCACUGUCUCCGGUCUCUCUCACUGUCUCGGGUCUCGCACUCAAGCUCGUUGUUGGUCUCUGUCUCGUCACCAUCUCGCAAUCAGUCGCACGCUUCCCUGCGCUCGUCGUCGCCGGCGGCAUAAGCAGCACGUCUCGGGGCUGGUCAUCGUUGUCAUCUUCUUGCUUCGAGCGUCGCCGUCAGAUUCCUUCGCGCAACCAGCAGCGGGUCCUCGAUUUGACACAUGCACAACUCUCCUCUCUCAAGCUCCAUCUGUUCCAGGCUUCGGCAACUCUAGUAGCACUUUUCCAGCGAAGAGCCCUUGCCAGCAACCUCUAUCCCCGACCGAUCAAUUGCACCAUUGUCAAUUUGUUAACUUCGUUCAACUGUCCAUUACCCAUAGCAAUAUCAAGAAAUGUCUAGGAUAUGUGUGAAGAAUAUUCCAAAGUAUGUUACAGAGGAUCGAUUAAGAGAAUUCUUUUCUGAGAAAGGAGAAAUCACCGAUGUCAAGCUUAUGCGUACAAAAGAUGGUAAGAGUCGCCAAUUUGCUUUUGUUGGAUUUCGUUCAGAACACGAAACUCAAGAAGCUAUUCAAUAUUUCAAUAGAUCAUACCUUGAUACAUGUAGAAUUACUUGCGAGGUAGCUCGAAAACGUGGUGAUGCAGAUCUUCCUCGUCCAUGGAGUCGGCAUUCAGCUAGUAAAGAGAGUAAAGUGACCUCAGAUGUCAACGAACAUGUUGGAUCAAAAGGGCAAGGACAAGGACAUAGCUCUGAGGACAUUGAUGAUCAGCAGCUUCAAGAGUUUCUUCAAGUAAUGCAGCCUCGUGCCAACUCAAAACUGUGGGCAAAUGAUACAUCAAUUGUAUCUACUGUUGAUGAGAAGCAAAACGUAUCAAAGAAGGGAAGCAAAGACACAUCAGUUGCAAUACCUGCCGAUUCAGAUCACAGUGGUUCAUCAUCAGAUCAGCUCAAUAAUCUUGAAGCUGACAAGUCAUGUGAAACUGAACAUGAAGUCAUUUCUGACAUGGAUUAUUUCAAGAGUAGAGUGACAAAAGAUUGGUCUGAUUCUGAAAGUGAUGACAGUGACAAUGAUUCAGUAUCUACUGAUGAUGAUGGCAAAGAGAAUGAUACUAAUCCUAGUGAAGGUGAAGAAAAUGUUGAUAAGAAAUCUUCAAAAGUAACCCAAACAGAUGGUGCCAAAGAGUUAGACCUAAAGGGGCAACCGGAUGCUAGUGGAGAGGAUAGUGCCCAGCAAAAGUCUCAGGUGAAUUCAGAUGUGUUAGGUGGCCAAUCAUUGAAUUCAGAAGAUAAGAAAGAAGUUUAUGAGUCAUGCCGACUAUUUGUCAGGAAUUUGCCAUAUACCACCACUGAGGAGGAACUGGAAGAGCAUUUCAGCAAGAUUGGUAGUGUUUCACAAGUUCAUCUAGUAGUUGAUAAAAGUACAAAACGAUCCAAAGGAAUAGCAUAUAUUCUUUAUUCAUUUCCCGAAUUUGCAGCCAGGGCACUAGAAGAGUUGGAUAAUUCUAUAUUUCAAGGAAGAUUGUUGCAUGUUAUGCCAGCCAUACAGAGAUCUUCAGACAAUAAAGAGUCCAAGGACCAAAAUGUGAAAACUCUGAAACAAAAGAGAGAAGAAGAGAAGAAAGCUGCUGAAGCCAGUGGAGAUACCAGAGCAUGGAAUAGUCUGUUCAUGCGCCCUGAUACUGUCGUGGAAAACAUUGCUUUGAAAUAUGGUGUCAGUAAAAGUGAUUUAUUAGACCGAGAAGCUGAUGAUCUUGCUGUACGUAUUGCUCUGGGAGAAACUCAAGUGAUUUCAGAUACAAAAAAGGCUUUUGCAAAUGCUGGAGUGAAUGUGGAGUCUUUGGAGGCACUUGCCAACGGAAAAGUUGAUGGCUUAAAAAGAAGCAAUCAUGUACUUUUAGCGAAGAACCUGCCAUAUGGUUCGACGGAAAAUGAACUUGCAAAGAUGUUUGGGAAAUUUGGUAGUUUGGAUAAAAUAAUUCUCCCUCCAACGAAGACACUGGCUCUGGUUGUUUUCCUUGAAGCAGCAGAAGCUCGAUCUGCUUUUAGAGGUUUAGCUUACAAGCGUUACAAGGAUGCUCCAUUAUACUUGGAGUGGGCUCCAUUCGACAUUCUUAGCCAAAGUACAACAUCUAGAAAUAAUGAACUGAAUACAGCAGUUGGUGAAAAUGAUGCCAAGCGGGUAAUGUUGGAGCAACAUGUGCAAAGAAUAUCAGAUGAGGAUAUUGAUCCAGACAGAGUUGAGGGUCGGUCCUUGUUUGUCAAGAAUCUCAAUUUCAAAACAACUAAUGAGAGUUUGAAGAAACAUUUCAAUGAACACAUGAAAGAGGGAAAAAUUUUGAGUGUUAAGGUGAAGAAGCAUUUGAAAAAUGGGAAAAAUGUUUCUAUGGGUUUUGGAUUUAUCGAGUUUGAUUCUCUGGAGACUGCUACAAAUAUCUGCAAGGAUUUACAGGGGACAGUAUUGGAUGGGCAUGCUCUUAUUUUACAACCUUGUCAUGCCAAGAAUGGUGGCCAAUUACAAAAGACAGUUGAGAAGGACAAGAGUUCAACAAAAUUGCUUGUUAAAAAUGUUGCUUUUGAGGCAACAGAGAAGGAUUUGAGACAGUUGUUCAGUCCAUUUGGACAGGUUAAAAGGUUAAGGUUGCCAAUGAAGUUCGGAAAUCAUAGAGGAUUUGCUUUUGUGGAGUUUGUUACUCAGCAAGAAGCACAGAAUGCACUUAAGGCACUUUCAAGCACCCAUCUUUAUGGAAGGCAUCUAGUAAUAGAGCGAGCAAAAGAAGGUGAGAGUCUGGAAGAACUACGUGCUCGAACAGCUGCUCAAUUCAGUGAUGAACAAAAUGGAUUUCAAAAUGCCACUAAGUUAUCUAAGAAAAGGAAACAAAUGGCUGUCUUAGAUGAAGGAAAGAUGAAGUUUCAAAGGAUUGCUGAUUAGAAUGUCAUUAAAUAUCAAACAUGUGCAUAAUCCCAAAAUCCAGGGAUGACAAUUUUGUAGAUUUUAGUUUUAUACAUGUAACAUGACCCGCCAUUUCAUGAUGCCCUUUAUCUUCAUUGUUUAUUUAUUUUUGAUCAACAUGAUUCUUAUAUUUGUAAGCUAAAUUUUGUCACCCGACGGGAGUAAAAAGGUAUUCUAGCAUAGUAGCCAUUUUGAGCAAGCCUUAACUGGUAUUUUGUUGGCAUGUUUGGAAAGUAAAUGUCUCCGGACCAUAAACAAGAAAAAAAGGCAGUGUAUAAUGAGUUGUUACUAAAGGCUUGGAUUUAGUGUGGUUCAUACACAUGGUUCCCUGAGUAACAUUACUCUUGUAAUACCCAAAAGCAAAAAAGGUACCCCCAGAAGAAAGGAAAUUACAAAUGCAUAAAGGGAAAAUGGCUUAGGUACUUGCAUUAUUCAUUCAGCUCUCAUUAUAGAAGACCAAGUAUAGGUGAUUUAUCUCGUGGUUUUGUAUGUGGUUUGGUGACUAAAGUUCCAAAAUGGUCUAUGAGGUUGCUUCGUACACCAAAAUUGUAAAUUUUACCAAAAGUAAAGUACUAUUUCUACCCAUGGAAGUUGAAAAUGCUAACAAAUCUACCCACGAGAGAAGGAAAGUACCAAAUGUAAUCAUCAAUCGUGACAUCUGUGGGACGAAACUAACCAAGCCAUAUUUCGGCGUUGACUCCGUUUGUAACGCACCCUACGUGGCACUUCACG